GAGCAGUGUAUAUGAAAUACUAGUUUCACUCUUUAAAUGAAAUAAGUUACCUUUUCAAUGAUUUUUUCAUAAGUGCACAGAUGUACUCUAGAUAAGAUCAGUCAAGCAGGCACCACCAGCAUGAGAAACACUGCAAAAACGUGCAAUUGGAUCUCUUUGCUUGGUCAAAGUUCAUGUUAUCCACCCAGUUGCUAAGGAAAUGAAAAGCUUAAACCAUUUGGUAACAUUUUACUUACAAAAUAAUGAGCAGAUACAGGAAUACAUCUGUUAAUCAGAUUUUGAUUGUUUGCCUUUGCCAAGGUUGCUUUGUCAGUUUUUUAAUUGGAUGGACAUGUAGAGUUGGGAGUUUUAAAAUGAAACAGACUCUUGCUCUGAGUUCACUACAAAACAUAAAAUUGUGCUCAGAGGAAGAUGGGAUAAUCAUAAACGUGCCUCAGGCAACUUUUGUACAUAUGCUGUGAAAAAGGGAACACUUUCAUGUUUCAGCAGGCUGGCUGACAGACCUCCGUUUGUGUCCUCUGGGAGGAGUCAGAGAGGUUGUUUACAUCCAUUCAGCUUUGAGCAGAUACUUAGAAUUAGUUCAAAACUAGACAGAAUUACUGCGGUGUGGAGGACGAGGCCUGCAGGAUGCACUGCUAUGAGAAUGUGGUGAGCUAUCUGAGCUGUGGGAUGCUCCUGGCAGGACUUUUUCACCUGAUCAAUCACAGGAAAGCACAGGCCUCCUAUGGACGCCACAUGAAACUCUCCUCUACAGCCAGAACGGUACCUGCCAGAGUUGCCUGGUUCCUCCAGGAAAUGCCGGCUCUUCUGAUGCCCCUGCUGUUGAUGCAACUUUCACAUCAAUAUUCCACAAUGGGAAGGGCCUUAUUGUUAAAGACCUUCUGUCUUCACUAUUUUCAGAGGACAUUUGUGUAUUCACCGCUGACCAGAGGACAGCCUUUCCCUCUGGGUGUGAUGGCCACAGCAGGUUUCUUCUGCUCAUUGAACGGUUUUCUGCAGGGUCACUAUCUGCUGCACUGUUCCCAGUUUGAUGAGGAAUGGUCAGCUGGCUACCGCUAUAUAAUUGGUUUACUGGUGUUUUACACCGGAAUGGUCAUCAAUAUACACAGCGAUUAUAUUCUGCGUAACCUGAGGAAACCAAAUGAGAUAGUUUACAGAGUUCCAGCAGGAGGCCUAUUUGAAUACGUGUCUGGUGCCAACUACUUUGGGGAGCUUGUGGAGUGGUUUGGCUUCGCUUUAGCGACGUGGUCCCUUCCAGCACUGUCGUAUGCUGCCUUUAGCCUCUGUUUUAUUGGACCAAGAGCCUUUUACCAUCACCGGUUUUAUAAGGAGCAUUUUAAAGAAUACCCCAAGUUUCGAAAGGCUUUGAUACCAUUCAUCUUCUGAAACACCACCUUUUGUUGGGAGAUGGCUGCAGGAACCUGCACCCAAGUUCUAGCUUUAGCUCUAGAACACCAAACGUAUCAUUUUUGAUAUGCUUUUUGUGACAUCUUCGUCUUUGAGUUAGUACUAUCCUCAAAGAUAUGCUGUAAGGAUCUAAGUGGCAAUUUAUAGUUUGUAGUACAGAUUAAAUGAAUAAUGGUGUUUGAUCCAUCAAACCAUCCAUACAUUGUGUGUACCCGCUUGACCUCACAGGGGAGCUGGGGCCUAUCUCCAGCAGCAUUUGGUUAGUAAUUCAGUUAGUUUUAAUUAGUUUUAGAUUGGGUUUGCUAAUUUUUAUAUUAUUAUUUUAAUAAUGCUUAGUUUUAGUUUAUUCAUACUUGGGUGCAUCUUUAGGUGUAGGAUUCAAAAAGGUCAGACUAUUGUACUUAUGGUAUUAUGUAUAUAUGUAUUGGUUAAUAAAAAACUCAACAAAAGA